CACCUCAUUCCCACCCAAUCAUAUACUUGAAAAAAAAGAAAGAUCGUCAAACUCAACCAAAGACAGUCACAAUGCAGCUAUUGACCCUCUCUACAUUGGCUAUAACCCUGCUGUGGGGUCAAGCUCUCGCAGACUGCGGUGAAGGGACUUUCAACGGCGAAGCCAAUGCAUACAAGCGAGUUUCGAACUGCAACCUUAAUACAAACAACGUCUAUUUCUGCGGCAACUCUGGGACUUCCGUGGUCCACAAGCAAAGCCAGCUUAUUCUCCGAGCUGGAAAAGUCGAUUCAACAGUCCUAGUUACCUGCAACGAAGUCGGCUUCUUGUAUCACUGUUCAGCCGGCCAAACAGGCCGGUUCAGGGAGCCGCUAUGCAAGGGCGCGGUUUGGGAAGUUGAGAAUAUUAAGGAGACUUGA